UGUUCGGUUUUCUCCGGCGCUUGGAGGGGCGGGUCUCUUAAUCUUCGAGCGCCGUAAAACUGCUAAUUUAAGAAAUGCCGCCUUUACUAAAGUAUUUUCAAAGGCAAAGGAAGGUCCGUUUGUAAUCUGUGGGCUAUUUCAUUCAGGUUUACCGGAUUUACGUUGAGGAAUGAAAAUUUUGACGUCCUUUGACCUUUAGCCUUUGGCCGGGCGCGGCGAAGGGAACCGCCCCCCCCCGCUCUAUAUAAGGAAUUUUCCGGCCUUUGGCGGCCCUUUUUCCCUCUCAGCGCUGUGCGCUUACCGCCAGCGCUUAGCUUCGUCUCCGCUGCGGAAUAGCUUGGAUAUCGACCCACACCAUGGGUUUUGGAGACUUGAAAAGCCCAGCAGGCCUCCAAGUGCUUAACGAUUACCUAGCGGACAAAAGUUACAUCGAGGGGUAUGUGCCCUCGCAAGCAGACGUGGCAGUAUUUGAAGCAGUUUCCGGCCCACCACCUGCCGACCUGUACCAUGCCCUGCGUUGGUAUAACCACAUCAAGUCUUUCGAAAAGGAAAAAGCAAGUCUGCCGGGAGUGAAGAAAGCUUUGGGCAAGUAUGGCCCUGCUAAUGUGGAAGACACCACAGGAAGUGGCGCUACAGAUAGUAAAGAUGAUGAUGACAUUGAUCUCUUUGGAUCUGAUGAUGAGGAGGAAAGUGAAGAAGCUAAGAGGCUAAGAGAAGAACGUCUUGCACAGUAUGAGUCAAAGAAAGCCAAAAAGCCUGCACUUGUUGCCAAGUCUUCCAUCUUGCUAGAUGUGAAACCGUGGGAUGAUGAGACAGAUAUGGCCAAACUAGAGGAGUGUGUCAGAAGCAUUCAAGCAGACGGCUUGGUUUGGGGCUCUUCUAAACUAGUUCCAGUGGGGUAUGGAAUUAAGAAACUUCAAAUACAGUGUGUGGUUGAAGACGAUAAAGUUGGAACAGAUAUGCUGGAGGAGCAGAUCACUGCUUUUGAGGACUAUGUGCAGUCCAUGGACGUGGCUGCUUUCAACAAGAUCUAAAAUCCAUCAUGGGUCAUGACCCUUAAAUAAAAAUUUGAAAGA